AUGACGAAAUUAUCCGACCAAGUUGCUCCGCCGUAUUUCGGAGGACACGUAUACGGUCCGAGCGUGCGUCACGCGUCAGGUAUCGGCACACGUCGAACGCGCGUGACCGCGUAUCACUAUUCAGCGGAAUCGGAGCACAAGCGCGCGCGUCAGUGCUUUUGCGUUGCGGUAGUGGCAGCGUGACAUAACCUCGGCGGCUCGUGCCGCACGUCGCUUUGAUCUACGCAGCGGAAGGUGCGAAUCACCUACGGACUGGGGUCGGCCGCGCACGAUUCGAAACGCACGCGGAACCGCAAUUCCGUCACGUGGCUCGUUCGCGCGACCGUCGGCCGUGCAACACGUUCGUUUAUGUUCGCGUGGUGAUUAUGGCCGAGCGCGGUACGGCGUACAUCGUGCAUGUUGGUCACCUUCCCACGGCCGUGCAGUCACUCUGAUUCCGCGAGGGCCGGUCGCGGCUGAAAAAAAAUCAACGUAGUUCGCUCAUCGUUGCGUCGGGCGCACCGGGCAUUCGCGAGAUCGCGAGCGGGGGAGUGUCAUUAUCAUCAUCGUCGUCGUCGUCGUCAGUGCCGUGGGAUCGGUCAGUCGGCAGCCUCCGUCGCGUAUUUACGGUGCGCAAUACCGCGAUCGCAAAACCGAGUGAGACAGAGAGAGAGAGAAAGAGAGAGCGAGAGAGAAGGAGAGAGAGAGAGAGAAAGAGAGAGAGGGCGAGCAAGUGAGGUAGAAGAGAAGGGCGCGUGAGCGAGCGAGCGAGCGAGUGAGUGAGCAAGCGUGCCGAGGAUCGCGCGAGCGUCGAAAGUAACGAGUCAUCAACCGAUUCAAGAUGGCAGAAGGCCAGCAGGAGGGUGGUCCGAGGAAGAUCAUCGUCAACGUGAAAACGCCGAAGGAGAAGGAGACCGUGGAGAUUGAGGAGAAUGCGACGAUAAAGGAAUUGAAGGAGGUGGUGUCGAAGAAGUUUAACGCGCAGACCGAUCAGCUGUGCCUAAUCUUCGCUGGCAAGAUCAUGAAGGAUCACGAAACCCUCAGCACGCAUAACAUCAAGGACGGCCUGACGGUACACCUGGUGAUCAAGGCGCCGCGCACCGCCACCACACAGAGCCAAGAGUCCAACUCGGCCACGAGACCACAGGCUGAUGUCAAUGCCAGUCCUUUUGGCCUGGGCAGCUUGGGUGGACUGGCCGGACUGGAGUCUCUCGGCUUGGGUUCAGCUAAUUUCAUAGAUUUACAGCAACGUAUGCAACGGGAAUUACUCUCGAAUCCGGAAACGAUGCGCCAAGUGCUCGAUAACCCAUUGGUGCAGAGUCUAAUGAACGAUCCCGAGAACAUGCGCAACUUGGUCACGGCCAAUCCACAGAUGCAGGAGCUGAUGCAACGUAAUCCGGAAAUCAGUCACAUGCUGAACAACCCUGAACUGUUACGGCAAACAAUGGAGCUCGCGCGCAAUCCGUCGAUGCUGCAAGAAUUGAUGCGUUCACACGACCGCGCACUGUCCAAUCUCGAGAGCAUACCCGGCGGAUAUAGCGCCCUACGUCGCAUGUACCGCGACAUCCAGGAGCCAAUGCUGGCGGCGGCGACGAACGGCCGCAAUCCCUUCGCCGCGCUGGUGGAGAACAGCAACUCCUCGAACCAGGACACUCAGAAUCCGCAGCAGGGCCAGGAGAAUCGGGAUCCCCUGCCAAAUCCGUGGAACCCGAAUCAGAGCGACAACGGUACACCAGGGCAGCAGAGCCAGGGCAGCAGAGGCUUGCUAGACUCGCCGGGCAUGCAGAGUCUCACCGCGCAGAUGAUGGAGAAUCCGCAGCUGAUGCGAAACAUGCUGAACGCCCCGUAUACGCGGUCCAUGCUCGAAGCGAUGGCGGCCGAUCCGGCGAUGGCCAGCCGGGUGAUCGCUGCGAAUCCGUUCCUGCGUGGUAAUCCGCAAAUGCAGGAACAGAUGCGCGCGAUGAUGCCCGCCUUCAUACAGCAGAUGCAGAACCCGCAAAUACAGAACGUCGUCACCAAUCCGGACGCCCUGGCUGCCAUCAUGCAGAUCCAACAGGGUAUGGAGCAACUACGCACCGUCGCUCCUGAAUUCGUGGAGAACAUGGGUCUCACGAUUCCACCCACACCCGCGACACCGAAUACGGGUGGCACAAAUUCCAGUGCACCGACCAGCCAACCAGCAUCAGACACUAAUCAGCAGGACGCGUUUUCCCAAUUCAUGGCACGUAUGGUCUCUGCAAUGGCAUUGAACCAAGGCGUGGAAGUUGAUGGCCAAGGUGUACCUCCACCAGAGGAACGUUACAGAGCACAGCUAGAGCAACUCACAGCCAUGGGUUUUCUUAAUAGAGAUGCUAAUUUACAAGCGUUAAUCGCCACGUUCGGAGACAUAAACGCUGCCGUUGAGAGACUACUCUCCAAUGGGCAAGUGUCCAUGAGCUAACCACCAAUCUGCAAUAAUGUUAUUUCGAUAUUACCUUUAAUUUUUCCCUUAUUUACCUCUUAUGACAGACGUGAGAGAUAUUUGAGGUAACUGGCUGUCGAAAAUUAUAAACUUAUAUUCCCUCUUCUCCUCUCUUUCUGCCCCUCCGCCUGUAUCCUUCUCUCUUUCUCUCUUUCUCUCUCGCUCGUUUUUCAAUCUUGACGGAAUACACGCUACUCACUCGUUCAAUUUGCAGUUUUUCUUAUUUGUCAGUUUCAGAUUUGUCUGUGUUUUAGAUGAUAGAUAGGGAGAGGUGUCGAUGAUGUAUGGCCAUUCACUAUUGCUCGUUUUGCAAAUCGGUUACUCGCUUCUCGAAAAGAAAAAAACCCUCGGUUCCUCGUCGUGUGUGUUCUCCUCGAUGUGCUCUUACGCUCCAUAAGUAGCUCCGUCUAACGUCACCGUUUUUUUUUUCUUCCGUUUGAGUUUCCUUUAUGAAAGCGAACCACGAGUAGAUUGUAAUCGCGAUCGUGUGCGCGGCAUUCAUUACGGCGUUGUCCUCUAAUAGAACGUCUCUUAGAAACAUGCGAAAACGGAGUCCUGCAUGGAAAAGAAAUAUAGAUUGCCCGCUAUUUAAUGGACUUGCUUUCACGGCUUCGUUGAUCGGUCGGUGUGUGUAUUUGCAGCAACAGCACCAGCAGCAGCAACGCAAAUUAAUUAUUCUUUCGUUUCUCGAAUGUCCCAAAGUGCGUGUGGUCACGCCUAGCGAAGCGACACAUUAUUUGUACGUAAUGAGCGAAUGAAUAUUGAGAACCAGCAGAUGAUUAAUUGUAAUGAUGCUGAUCUCGCUAUAGUUUCGUUACACGUGGACGAGAAAUAUACCUCGCGAAAUAUAUCAUGGGAAAUAUACUUCGACAGGAUCCGCGUCGUGUACUCGAAGAGUAUGGUUUGGUGAUCCGUUCUACGACUCACGUUUUCCAUGUAAGUUUUUAUAUAGAUACCAAGGCAUAAGAGGCGCGAAACAACAGCUUUCUCUAACUCACGUACUGGUGUGCACUGUCUCUUCAUUGAUUUAGUUUGAUUGUAGAUCGUAAAAACGAAGAACUACUAUAAUUAAGCGUUGUAUGUCUUGUAAUACAAAUCUAGAAAUUUGUAGCGUGAUAAUCGAGAAACAUACGGCAUAUAAAUUGUUUAUAGGAGAAUGCGCGCGAUAAAGAUCGAAAGGAGAAAGAAAAUUACGAUGCCCACGACACGCAGUUAGAGUGCGCGAAAACUCGAGAAAAAGAAAAGAAAAAAAAAAGAGGAAACGUCUAAUCGUCGGUUAGCUCUAAGAUAUAAGGACAAAAAAAAUGGAAAAAGAUAAUGUAUGUUGUAAAUUAUCUUUAUCGGAAGGAAGCAGUUAUAAUUUUAAUACUUUUCAUUGAUGUACGAUUAUGAUAAAUAUCUACGUGCAUUAUAUUAUCUUUUAUGUGUAUUUAGUAUACUUCACUGAACGAGACAUUCUGUGCUGUAACAGCGACUAUAUUAUAAAAUAAAGUUAUGGUUGAUUCA